GCGUUCGGCUGUAACUGAUACCAUUGACACCGAAAGGUCGCUUGUUCGAUCCAGGCUUCGGGGAACGCAGAUUCUUUUUUGCAUUUUUCAACCGCCACCCCUUCCCCCCAGCACUUUUAUAUCCAUUCAUCCACCUUGUUGUCAUCUGUCAUUUCUUGCAAUUAAUUUCAAUCAUUUUUCCUUGCACCAUUCGUGCCACUUGGCAGGCUAGACAAAUGGGGGUUGCUGUGCUAUAGCCUCUUAUGGUAUCCAGUCAAAACGAUUGAUUCUGAGGGGUUUCAAGUGCUGAGAUGAGAUCAUGCUGACGCACGUCAUCCCUUAGUAUGAGAAGGAUGCGUGAGAAUGAAGUUGGUGGUUAGUUAUCUCGUGAGAUAUUAGGACAUAUAUCCUCUCUCGCCGUCCACCAUGGACCUCGAAUCCGUCUUCUUUGUGCCGUACAGAAUAUGAAUGCAAAAAUGCUGACUUCUCUACCACCGGAAGUUCUGGAAUCCAUUUGCGAGAAGCUGAACGGUAUCGACCUCCAACGACUCUCGUUGACAGCAAAAUGGCUAUACAAAGUAGCAUUCCGCCAACUCUGGCGCUCCGUCACCAUCCAGCCAUAUCCCGAGAGCGAGCGCCAUUGCAUAAGCCCUUAUGGUCCACCGCAACCUUGUCUGCAGUAUACAAGAGAACUUCGCUUUGACCCUGGUGUCGACGCAGACCCGAGACGAUGUAUCCAUGCUCACGACUGGCUUGGCUACAUGGGAAAUUGGACGGAGAAAGUUCCCCAGCAUCACUAUACUUGGGAGGUUAGGGGAGAUAGUUUUGGGUUGGAGGGUGGAAAGCUUGUGAGGGUGAAGUUUGAAUGUCUUGCGCAGAGGGCUGUGAUCUUGCUUAACCGUUUUAAAGAUAAGCAGCUUGAAUCGUUCAGUUGGAACUACACCGCGUGCAUCCCCUCUGAGAUUCUGGAGAUUCUUAGUUUCAAGCAUCCCUCUAUCCAGAGUCUUAGCCUCGUCACAGACCCUUUCUGCAGUCGAUUCAAUCGCUGGAGCAGAACUGCCGAUCUAGACCUCUCCUCAUUUCGUAUUCUGCGACGGUUGAGCUGGAAAGCUCCCAUGGGUUGCCACUUCGAUGAAAUUGCCAGAUUGGUCAAGAAUAAUGCAAGGCAAUUGGAGGAACUGGAAUUAGAGCUGCAGGGCUGGUCGCCAGACCGAGAGGAUCGAGAGGCGACGGUGAUUCAUCAUGGAGAGAACCCUGAAGCGUGGGACAAGAUACCUGCAAGUACUAUGCUUGCUCGGCAGAUGUUUGGUUUGCAAGAGGCUACUUCUGAAACAACUGAGCUAACAUGCUUUCCGAAGUUGCGGAGCUUAAAAUUAACCAGAGUUCCUUUGAGAGACGAUUUCACGGGAAAAGCAGUUACUCCGGGGAUGAUAAGCCUUGAUAGCCUCAGGCAUCUGACCUUGAGGAUGUGCGCGUACUUGAUCCCGCUCUUGACAAACAUCAUCGAAUCCCAGAUACCACUACAACUCAAGACUCUCGAAAUACUGGACUUCUACUUGAAUACUCCUCACGAUACCGCAGUUCGCAAGAUAGCAGCCAUUGCAGACUUCAUCGACUCCUUCAAAGGACUUGAAGAGCUUUCCGUUAGUAUUUGCGGCCCAACGCCAUCUCUUGAAUUCUGGGAACAUGUCGCAGGCCAUGCGUCAACUCUGAAAAGAUUUGUGUAUCAUCUGAGGAUCACAGACCAGGACGAGGAGCUCUUGACUUCGCGCUUGGGCAGAGAUUCAUCGGAAUUGGGGAUAUCGUCUGAGGAUCGGGGCCGUAUUCGGCAGGAUCCUUCGCUGAAUCCCCUGUCCAGGGUUAACCUCGAGUUCAUUGGGUUGACGUGUGCACCGAAGGACCUUAAGGACAUUCUGCUUCCCUUCGUAGCCAAGCGGUCACUGAAAGUGCUUCACAUUCGACAUACGGGAAUGAAUUCAGGCCCCAGUACAUCCUGGGUCUUCAAUCGCGCUUUAGAACUCAAGAUUACUGAAUGUGAAAAUGAGGCCGUUCCCAUCGACGACACAACAAAGGCAGGCAACUCACUCAACGAUGAGGUCGAAGGGAGUAAACCUCUCUGUCUUGAAGAGCUCUCAGAGCUCUCAGCAGCCGUGAAAGAGAGAACAGAGUGGAAAACACCACCUCUGCAACAAAGUUUCCGAGAUUUCGCAAACUGGGCUUUUGGUCAAGAUGGAAUCAAGUCUUUGGAAUACAUCGUGACUGGGGACCUCUCUCAUGGGAAAAGGUACUCUGACAACAACGCCUUGAUAUGCAGAGCGGUAGGGGUUGAGAGGAGAUAUCGUGUCAUCAGCCAGGAACGUGGAGGACCAGAGUGGAGAGACGUGAAGAGUAAAUAUGGAAGUGCGUUGGAAGCAUGCCUGGUUGAGAAUAUUGUCCCCGAGUAUAACUAAUGAUGCGCUGGCCAUUGUUCCUCAUGGAAAGGAUUCAUUGUUGACUAGAAUUGCUGGCUACACACUUCAAUAAGCCCCACGACAGCUGGGGCCAAAGAACUGUCAGAAUGCUGCAUAUUGACUAUUCCUAAUUACACGAUCUAACAUCUACUACUAUACUUAGUGAAUGAGGCAAGUUCAAGCCUGCGCAAACCUUAUCGAUGUCUCGUUAAGAUAGAUCUAGGCAACCCAUCAAUAGCAUCUUAUUUUCUAUACCUUUCAGACCGCGUAGGCCCCGCGAGACGUCGAGUACG